AUAUAAAUUUUAGUAAGCUUUAGAGAUUAUUUUUUAUUUUAGUUUUAUAUUUAGUCUAACAUACUUCCUACAAAACAAAAACUUCUUUUUAUUCACCAGACAAUAAGUCAAAAAGAACUUCUUUAUAAAUAUGGCAAUCAUAUAUGCCUACUAGAUGCCACUUAUAAAUCUACUAGAUAUUCAAUCCCGUUGUUCUUUGUUGUUGUAAAAACAAACAGUAACUAUCAGGUAGUAGCGCCCUUUGCAGUGCAAGAUGAAACUACUGAUACAAUAACAGAAGCACUAAAAAAAUUAAGUCAGUGGAAUCCAGAAUGGAACCCUAAGUGUUUUAUGACUGAUAACUGUGAGGCAGAAAUUUUAUCAAUCGAAAAUGUUUUUAAAGAUUGCUUUGUUAUUCUCUGUGAUUUUCACCGUGAGCAAGCGUGGGAAAGAUGGUUGUCUGCUAAUGCAAAUGGAAUGAGAUCAGUCAAGCACACUGCUCUUUGUUUACUUAGACGAAUAGCUGCUUCUGAAACACAGGAAGAAUAUGACAUUGCUGUACAAGCUCUACACAAGGAUCCAAUAUGGAUCUCUACAAAUAGCAUUAAAUUUAAAAAUUACAUAGAAAACACAUGGUUGCCUGAGAAAAAGCGUUGGGUCAAAGCAUUCAGAAGUGGAAUAUUAGAGACAGUUGUAAAUACAAACAACGGUGUUGAGCGAAAGAACAGAGAUUUCAAACAUGAGUUUUUAAAUCAGUGUAAAGAUAACUCGUUAAGUGGAAUGGUGACAGUUCUUGUUGAUUAA